AUGAAUGACGAUAUAUACAGUAAAGGUGACUUUCCGCUCGAUAUCCAUGAGCAGAACGCUCCCACCCGACCCGCCCCGGAAACACCGCUUCCCGCCGUUGGGCAAGAAGGGAACCGAGGUCAGCAUGCUGCCCUACACGAGGCCAAAGCCAACGCCGAAGCACAGCGGAAGGCCGAUGACGACGUCGGUGUCGUCGGUCCGCACGUCGAAGAUGCGCUCGACGAUCUCGGGCGUUAG